GGGGGGCGCAAAGGCGGGAGGCUGCGCUGUGCCCACUCUCCUGACAGUCGGGCGUGUUACCUCAGGAACAUGGUGUAGGGAAGCUGGAAGCAGGAUAACCCAAAAUCCAAGAGGCACCAGGCUGAAGACCAUGGUGUCGAAGCUGAGCCAUCUCCAAGUGGAGCUGCUGGGAGCACUGCUGGAGUCGGGGCUGACCAAGGAGACCCUGAUCAAGGCGCUGAGCGAGGUGGAACCCUACGGGCUCCAGAGUGAAAGUCAGCGCGCCAUCAAUGCCCUGCAGACAGAGAAAGGGGAGCCCUGUCCCGACAUCCCCAACCUCCCCAACGGCAUCGGGGAGUCCAGGUUAUCGGAAGAUGAAACCUCCGAUGACGGGGAGGAAUUUACCCCUCCAAUAAUGAAGGAGCUGGAAAACUUGAGCCCUGAGGAGGCUGCUCACCAGAAGGCUGUGGUGGAAAGACUAUUACAAGAGGAUCCCUGGCGAGUAGCAAAGAUGGUGAAAUCCUACCUCCAGCAGCACAACAUCCCUCAGCGUGAGGUGGUGGACACGACUGGCCUGAACCAGUCCCACCUCUCACAGCACCUCAACAAGGGCACUCCCAUGAAGACCCAAAAACGGGCAGCCCUGUACACCUGGUACGUCCGGAAGCAGCGGGAGGUGGCCCAGCAAUUCACACAUGCUGGCCAGGGUAUCCUGACAGAGGAGCCCAUGGGAGAUGACCUGCCCACCAAGAAGGGAAGAAGAAACCGCUUCAAGUGGGGUCCUGCCUCCCAACAGAUCCUGUUCCAAGCCUAUGAAAGGCAGAAAAACCCCAGCAAAGAGGAGAGGGAGGCCCUGGUGGAAGAGUGCAACAGGGCAGAGUGUAUCCAGAGGGGUGUUUCCCCAUCUCAGGCCCAGGGACUGGGCUCGAACCUGGUGACAGAGGUCAGAGUUUACAACUGGUUUGCCAACCGCAGGAAGGAGGAGGCUUUCCGGCACAAGUUGGCCAUGGACACCUUCAGUGGACCCCAACCCACCUCUGGCCCCCCCCUCACUCCUCACAACUCCUCUUCCCUCCAACCACCAGCUGCUCUCUCACCCACCAAAGUUCACGGAGUGAGGUACAACCAGCAGCCAGCCAGCGAGGCAGAGUCCUCCAGCAGCAACCCCCACGGGAACAGCUCCAUGGUGACCACCCAAACCAUCCUGCACCAGGUUUCUCCCCCGGGACUGGAGCCCAGUCAGAACCUACUGAGCACAGACACUAAGCUGGUGUCAGCUCCUGGAGGAACCCUCCCUCCUGUCAGCACCCUGACUGCCCUGCACAGCCUGGAGCAGAGCCCACACGCCCUGAGCCAGCAGACCCAGAACCUGAUCAUGGCAUCCCUGCCGGGCGUCAUGGCCAUCGGGGCGGGCGAGCCCCCGUCCCUGGCACCCGCCUUCACCAACACCGGAGCCUCCACCCUGGUCAUCGGCCUGGCUUCAACCCAGCCCCAGAGUGUACCUGUGAUAAACAGCAUGGGGAGCAGCCUCACAACCCUGCAGCCUGUCCAGUUCUCCCAGCAACUGCACCCCUCCUACCAGCAGCCCCUCAUGCAGCAAGUCCAGAGCCACAUCAACCAGAGCCCCUUCAUGGCUACCAUGGCCCAGAUACAGAACCCUCACGCUCUCUACGGCCCCAAGUCUGAAGGGGCCCAGUACACACACACAGGCCUCUUACCACAAACCAUGGUGAUAACAGACACAGCCAACCUCAGCGCCCUGACCAACCUGACACCAACUAAACAGGCAUUCACCCCUGACUCAGAGACUCACACCGAGUCUGGGAUGCACACACCAGUGUCACAGGCACCAACAAUCCACCUACAGAACCAGGACACCACCAUCCAGCACCUUCAGCCAGGCCCACGCCUCUCCUCAAGCCCUGCGGUGUCCUCCAGCAGCCUGGUGCUGUACCAGAGCUCCGACCCCACCAACAGCCACAGCCAGCUGCUGCCAUCCACCCACAACGUCAUCGAGACCUUCAUCUCCACACAGAUGGCCUCCUCCACCCAGUGAUCACCACAGCUGCCCCCAGGGUGACUCAGGUGCAACUCCAACCGUGUUUGCCAUCACUGUCACCUCUGUCACCACGGGAAGGAAGGGCUGCUGUGCUGAGCCAGCCCCCACUGCCUCACACAGACCCCUGCUCAGCUGCCUCCAGGAGAGAAAAUGUCUCAGGUUCCAGACAGAAGCCAUGGGAAGAUGAUGCUGGCACUGCUAAAAUCCACUGCCCUCCCCAGAAACAGCAAACCCAAACCCCCACAGGCCACCACAGAAUGACCAGACAUCCUUUUGUGGCUGCCCAAAAGGAAAUCCCACCAAGCCAGGGACCUGACUGAAAUAUGGCAGCAGUGCCAGGGCCUGGAUGGGGCUUUCAUUCAGCUCAGCUUUCAUCAAGCUGGGCCUGUCCAAACCUGCCAACACCAGACUAUGCCAUGAAGGAAAGAGCAAAGCUGAGCUGCCAAAGAAGGGACACCAUCUUUAAAACACUCUCCUCCUUUGCUGAAGGAGCACCAAUAAUAACAAUAACAGCACCUUGGAGGCAAGAGAGAGAACUUGGUUCCUGACUUUGCAAAGAAAAUCACCAAGAAACACAUUUGGGAAUGGCUUGGCACAAACCUGUCAGCAUGGGAUCACUGACUACAAGCUACAAAUCCUUAAUUAACAACCAAAGUACUAAACAUUCUCAGUUACAAAUGACCUGCUCUAAAAUCAUGCUAUCCCAGUGGAAAUGGCUUGGUUAUUUUUGAUAUAGCUCUGCUUUGUUUUAAAUGCAGAAAUUAAAGUUUAACAGCAGCAAGGAGAUUCCAGUUCUCUGCAUUAACCCUGUGGAUUCUUAUCUCAUGUGACUUGCUCAAUGAUUUGGAGGAUGGCAUUCCCCACUGGUCCCUGACACUGCACAACACCUGGGAGGUUCCUAAGCUGCACAGAGUAGAGGUUCCUUCAGCUUUCUCUAUAAACAUGUCAGCUUGGAUUCAUUUUACAGAACGUGGCUCAUUCUUGGCUUCC